AUGUCACAAUUUGUUGCUAAAUCGCCCGCCACAACUGCGGAGGGAUUUAAUUCCCGCCUCUUAUGGCCAGAUAUGAUCAAAACACCGCAAAAUAAAUGGGUUUACUCAUGCAGAGAAAUUGUCGACCGGCUUGGCAGCGAUCCACAUUUGGCCGCAGAGAUGAAACGGAGAAUGGAAAAGUGCUUGAUGUACUUUUACGUGAUGAAAAAACAGCUAAAAUUAUUCGACCAUACAUAUACAGCGGCCUGCAUUUUGUUCUUCAGAUACUGGUAUGUCUAUGGACUGCCGCCAAAUUCAAUCGAAUGUAUUCACUUAUCGCAAGCGUUACUUGCGACUGCUUGUAAGACGGUAGAGAACAACAGGCCUAUUGAUGUCUAUGUUAAAGCAACCGGUGAAUUUCUCUUAAAAGACAUUCCCACAGCGCGCAGCGGACAGAAUAUGGAGAAGCUUAAAUGGGAGCUGCGAGACAAGCUGGUAGCGUAUGAAAAGCAGAUAUUGUGCCAAUUGGGAUUUGACUUGAAUCUGAACAAUCCGAAAGAGCUUAUCGAAGAGAUAUUCAGCGGUUUUUUUCGUUAUAAUCGAGACUUCGAUUUGGACGAGCAGUUCAGAGCUGUACUUCCUAGAAUUAUUCAGGACGCUCGUAAUUUUAUCAUCCAAGCAGGAACUCAGCCUGUAUCUCUUCUUUGCGAUGGGUUUACCUUUACCGCACUGUCAUUGGUAUUUUGUGGGUUGCAAUUCAAAAACAAUGGAAAUCCAUCUUUUAAAUUCCCAAAGAACUUCUUUUCCCAACGAUUUCCUUUCCAAGCAAGUCCACAACUUUUCGUCGAAUUACUAUCCGACUACAAAGUCUUGGAGCAGAACUUUUUUGACCUAAAAAGUAAUAAAGGAGAAAAGCUCCAAGUUUCACUGGAAAUGAUGGAAGAUCUUAUUGAUGAAGACGAAAAUGCCACCUUUAAUGAUCAGGAUGACGGUAACGUCUUUGUUUAUGAGGAUAUCAAGGACGGCAUUGUACGAGAUGACUUGCUCAAAAGUAUAGAAACACGCGUCAAAGAUCUUUCGGCAAGAAUAAUAGCCCAAAGUGAAGCCAACUUGAAGCGCGCUGCCGCAGUCGAGUCGGACCAUGCCGAAAAUGUCACAAAGAAAAGAAAACAGUAA